CUCAUAAUAUGGUGGGGGGCUUCAUUAAGAAUCUAAAAUAGGCUGCAGCGAAUAAAGUUCUGUUCUCAAUGGUUGGAUUUUAGCUACACUACUGGCUGUUGGAGGUAGUGCUGUCAUGGAGCAGUGGAGUGAUGAGGAGCUCCGUCAAGCACUGCAGGAGCACAGCUUGUUUCAAGGGAUCCCUGUGACAUCAUCUACCAGACAAUUUAUGAUCAGAAAACUGCAGGCUGCUCUGAAUACUCCUCCAUCUGCAUCACCUGCUGCAACCGCUUGUGUCCCUGAGUCCCCUCAAGUCAUUAACGAUCAAUCACAUUGUCCAUCAAUGAGAGCCAAAGGCUACUAUGGAGUAGCCGCUGUAUUGUCCACACCCAACGACGACGGAAGUACUGGUCAUCCGCACCUAUCUCCAUUCUAUACGAACAAGUCAGACGCACUGAAAGCCAUCAAAGGCAUACCAGGUGCUCGGUUCAAGAAAUUUGAUUCGCAAUCCAAAGCAGAGUCAUUCUCACAGCAGACUAUCAAUGAAUCUGGGAGGGACGAGAGGGAUUUAGGACAAGUCAGCUCACCUGAUAAGAAUUUUGAGAAAGCCAACACUUUUCCGAGCUUGAAGACCCCCGACUUGAACAUGUUUCGAAUUAUGAUUGAGAAAGGAGAUAUUGAGUCUUUCUUAAAGUGUGUACGGAGAAACCCUCGCUAUCUAAUUAACUCAGGAGAUGCCCCGGAAAUAUUGAAACCUCCCACUCGCUAUAACGCCCUUCACUGUGCAGUGAUUGCUGGUCAAGUGGACAUUUGCAGACAACUAUUGUGGGUUCUUCAAGAUAACAACUUUUGGGCAAUGGUUUACCCUGAUGAUAACCCUGAGAAUGUGAGACCCUCAAGAAAAGAACAUCUCUUAGAUCUCUAUCUCAACAUGCAAGACAAAGGGUUUGGUGAGACGCCUCUACACUUUGCCUGCAAAUGGGGUCACACAGAAAUUGUAGCUCUCUUAUUGUCCUUACCACUCACAAGCACAACCAUAAAGAAUAAAGAGGGUAAAACACCAGCUGAGAUCAUCUGUCAGAAGCAGAAGAACCUGGAAGUUAAAACCAAGAUUGAAGAAUUACUAGCAGAGCCUGAGAUUUUCUACGUGCCAGUUCUUCGCACUGAGGACAACUCUACUCCUCCUCGGCUGGGUCAUCCUGUGACGUUAGGGCAGCUGGACGCCAUCGAGUCACAGGUGGACGGUUGUGAGCUGCCCCAACUCAGUAACGGACUGGCUGGGCCAAUGUCUCCCAAGGAGGCCAAGCACUUUUAUCAGGAUUGGAGGAGCCCCGGCCGGAGCACUGGGGGGACGAGGGAGCUGGUCAGAAUCAAGCGGGCAGAUUCUGAAAGAGGAAUGGAAAGAAUUGGAAGACAACUGGCACACAAGAGUAAUGUUGGGUGGACUGAAUAUUGGGACUUCUUGGGAACUGCUUGUGAUCUUUCAAAGCCUGAAGGGUUUGAACUGUUGGAAGACUAUCUUCAAUGUCGUUCCGGUAAUGAUUGUAUGGGCCCUGUGGACAGGGAGAGCCCUCUCAUCGCAACACAGAACUCCAUAGCUGGUGUGGAGAACAGCAGGAGCAGCAGCAAGGUGUCAUGCAAGUUGUUUGAUGAAGAUGUUGUGGAAGAAGCAGGCGUGACUAUGGAAGACUCUCCGUACACCUCGCCUGUAGAUGCUGAUGUCCUGUCUGAGAUAUUUUCACAAAAAGCUUCCCUUCGCGUGGAUGAAGAUCCCGUGUUCAUUUCAGGGGACUCCCCUACAAAGUUGGACUAUGACGUGUUUCUUGCUUUCUGUUCUGUGACUCCUGAUCCCUUGGAGUAUCCGUGUAUUACAAAGUGGCUCGGUUUGUUGGACAACUUCUCCGAAGAAGAUAAGAAAACUUGGAAAACUCCACGGAAGCUACCGUCAGACAACACCUCCACCUCUACCCCUCACCCCGUUAGUCCGCUGGUGUUCUCAAGUCCAUCACUGCAGACCUAUGGGAGCUCCAGUCCUCUGGUUGCUUCUGGCACGUCUCUCGGCCGAUCCAGGAACAGUACUAACAACACUCCCACGAUGGUCCGCUACUGGCCAAGACAGCCGACCACCCCCCAAGGAAGGACCCCCCACUCUCUGAAUGGCAGCAUCAGCACUACCCCUCGUCGGAACGCUCACAUUAUGACUCCCACUAGAUACGGAAAACUUUCCUAUACCCCUAAAAUUUUGUGAUACAUGAUUAGAAAUAUUUUCUUGCCAAGCCAUUAUCACUUGAUUAUGAAAUAAAUAUUCAUCAUCAUUUAACAUCACUUCAUGAACAUUCUGGCUAAGAAUUAUUUGUUGUUCGAUAUUA